AGCGCAGGUUGUGCCCAAAAAAAAUGCACGCUGUGGCGGGGUGAGCAAGACAUUUUCUCAGGUCUGCGGCGACACACAUAAUCUUUUAUCUCUUACACCGACUUGCGCCUCACACUUGUCGAGACCAGUUCCCCCUUCGCGCCUGACCGCAGUGCGCAUUUCCAGCGCAGGUUUCCCCCGAGACCCUGUCUGGCCCUGCGCGUCCCUCUUUGCGUUCUCUUGCAGGAUUUCAGUCAGCAAUAGCGACCCGCAUACCGCCAUGACUGUCGUUCCCAUCACCGGCGCUGCCCCCCCGGUGGCAGACGUCGCAGCCAUCCUCGAGACCAUCUUCAACGCCUCUUCGUCCAAUCAAUCGAUCGAAGCCUGCUACGCUCUCUGCGACAUCCUGAUCAACACAACGGGUUUCCAUGGCCUCCACCACUACAACAUCAUCUCCGAGAUCAAGAAGGCUUCCAUCGACAAGAAGAGCGGUUUCCGCCGCGAGGGUGCCCAGAACCUCCUUGGUGCCCUGUUUGAGCGGCUGCCCCCAGCUGCACCCAUUACCGAGGUUGUUUUCCUCAUCCAGGAUGGUGGUCUUCUCAAGAUUGCUCUCGAUGCCCUUGCCGACAAGGGCGCCAUUGUCCGCGAGGCUGCCCAGUACGGCAUCGACGCCUUGUUCGCCAACCUGAGCCCCGAGGCCAUGGUCGCUGCCCUCCUGCCCGCCAUCGUCGAGUACAUCAAGAAGGCCGGUGGAAAGUGGCAAGGUGUUGUCGGCGCCUUCAAGAUCAUGGAGAAGAUGGCCAACAAGGCCCAGAUCACCAUUGGCAGCACCAAGGAGCAGGCCGCCGAGCAGGAUAUCAUGCGCGAGGCCAUGGGCUCCAAGCUUGCCACUCUGAUUCCCAUCACCGAGAAUGGCAUGUUGGAUAUGAAGACCGAGGUCGAGAAGCAGGCUCUCAAGACCAUGACGGCCAUCACGACCCUUCUCUCCAACGACGAUGUCGCAUCUCGUAUUCCUCUCCUGAUCGAGACCAUGCAUCACCCAUCUGUCGAGGCGGUGCACAAGGCCAUCCACGCCCUCUCCCAGACAACCUUUGUCGCCAUCGUCACCUCUCCCGUUCUCGCCCUCUUGACUCCUUUCCUGGAGCGCUCUCUCAACAACCCCUCGACUCCCCAAGAAGUUCUUCGCCAGACCGUUGUCAUUACCGAGAACUUGACCAAGCUCGUUCACGACCCCAUCGAGGCCCGUACUUUCCUCCCCAAGCUUCAGCCUGGUGUGAAGAGUGUCGUUAACCGCGCCUCGCUCCCCGAGGUUCGUGAGAUCGCCACUCGUGCCUUGGCCGUCAUGGACAAGGCUAUGGGUAACGACAACUCGGCAUCCUUGACAAUUAUCGAGCGCACUUCUGCUGAGGAUGUUGCCAAGGUGUUGGACCAAGAAAUCAAGAAGAACGGCGGCCUGAAUGACGACGAAGCCCUCUACAAGCUGGCCGCUCCAUUUAUUUCCUCAAUGGUUUGCGAAGACGUCAACCACCGCCACCUUGAUCGCAUCCCUAGCAAGAUUGCGCCCUACCUCAAGGACCUGUUGCGAAAGCCCGAAGCCAGCGAUGCCGUCGCCGAGGCCGUUCACAAGUUCUAUGUGGAAGAGGAUGCGCGUAAGUACGGUGUUCCAGAAAAGGAAGACGACGGUGAGAUUGAGAUUGUCAACGCCGACUUUUCUCUGGCUUAUGGUGGUAUGCUUUUGUUGUCGCAUACGAACCUUAGGCUCCUGAAGGGUCAUCGUUACGGCUUGUGUGGUCGCAAUGGUGCUGGAAAGUCGACUCUGAUGAAGAGUAUCGCCAAUGGAAAGCUCGAGGGCUUCCCGUCUCAAGAUGUUUUGCGCACUUGCUACGUCGAACACAACCAGGGUGAGGAUGCCGAUAUCAGCAUUCUCGAGUUUGUUUCCAAGGAUCCCACCAUCGCCAAGGAAGGAAAGGAGCGCAUUGUUGCCGUCUUGGAGGAGUUCGGUUUCACAUCGGGCCCCGAGGGCAGGCAAUCGCAAAAGGUUGGGUCUCUCUCUGGUGGUUGGAAGAUGAAGCUGGCUCUUGCCCGUGCCAUGCUUCAAAGAGCCGAUGUUUUGUUACUCGACGAACCUACCAAUCACUUGGACGUCGCCAACAUCAAGUGGCUUGAGAACUAUCUCAAGACACACCCCGACAUCACCAGUUUGAUCGUGUCCCACGACUCGGGCUUCCUGGACGAGGUCACCACCGAUAUCUACCACUACGAGCCCAACAAGAAGCUUGGUCACUACAAGGGCAACCUUGCUGCCUUUGUCAAGCGCCGCCCCGAGGCCAAGAGCUACUACACUCUGUCUGCUUCGCUCGUCCAGUUCAAGUUCCCCCCCCCCGGCAUUCUGAGCGGUGUCAAGUCCAACACACGCGCCAUCAUCCGUAUGACCAACGUCUCGUACACAUACCCCAAGGCGCCCAAGCCAUCCUUGUCAGAUGCUUCUUGCCAGCUGACUCUGUCGUCGCGUGUUGCCAUCAUUGGCCCCAACGGUGCUGGCAAGUCUACCCUCAUCAAGCUGUUGACCGGUGAAGUUAUUCCCACCACUGGAAAGGUGGAGAAGCACCCCAACCUUCGUAUCGGUUACAUCAAGCAGCACGCCCUCGAGCACGUCGAAAUGCAUCUCGAGAAGACGCCCAACCAGUAUCUUCAAUGGCGUUAUGCCCACGGUGACGAUCGUGAGGUGCACAUGAAGCAGACCCGUGCGCUGUCCGACCAGGAUCGCGAGCAGAUGGACAAGUUUGUCGAGGUUGGUGGCGGUAAGGCUCCUCGCCAGAUCGAGGCCCUUGUCGGUCGCCAAAAGUACAAGAAAACAUUCCAAUACGAGAUCAAAUGGCGUGGCUUCCUGCCCAAGCACAACUCUCACUUUUCUCGCGAGACUUUGCUCGAGCUCGGCUUCGACAAGUUGGUGCAGGAGUUUGACGACCACGAGGCUUCGCGUGAAGGUCUCGGUUACCGUGAGCUCCAGCCUUCCGUCAUCAGCAAGCACUUUGAGGAUCUCGGUCUUGAUCCCGAGAUUGCGAACCACAAUGAGAUUGGCUCGCUCUCCGGAGGUCAAAAGGUCAAGGUUGUCAUUGCUGGUGCCAUGUGGAACAACCCCCAUUUGCUCGUGCUUGACGAGCCUACUAACUUCUUGGACCGUGACUCCCUCGGUGGCUUGGCUGUUGCCAUUCGCGAGUUCAAGGGCGGCGUGGUGAUGAUUUCCCACAACGAAGAGUUUGUGGGAGCCCUGGCUUCCGAGACUUGGCACGUUGACAACGGGCGGGUCACGCAUCGCAGCAACAAUGCCAUUGCGCUGGAUCGGUUCGAAGACAGUGCCAACACCAGUGCGGUCCCCAGUGCUGUUCCCAGCGGGCUUAACACACCCGCCCUGAGCAGCGCCGCCCCCAGCGCCGUCAACAGCGGUGUCGAGGACAAUGCCGGCGAGGCCUUGAAGUUCCGGGCGAGAAAGAAGAAGAAGAUGACCAAGAAAGAGCUCAAGGAACGUGAGGCCAGGCGCCGGCUGAGGCACAUCGAUUGGCUCAACAGUCCCAAGGGCACCCCCAAGCCCCUUGAUACGGAUGAUGAGGCGGACGACUAAAGGCGAUGACAAGCAUGAAGAUGGUUGGCUUUUUUGGAUGGCUUUCUAUAUACUGCGGAAACUCAGCGAUCAGCGAUAUGUAACCUGAGCAUGGCAUGGCGUCGGUCUGUUUAUAACGUAGAGGGUCACAGGGGCAGUGUAGAGCGGUUUCCUUUCUAGAUCAAGUUUGCACUUGGGAUGGUCUCAAAAUUCGGCUUCAAGGAGGGGGUUACCAGAGAAGAUAGAGGCGUUUGGCGCUAGACAUAGAGCAUAGAUUCAUGAGGUGUUGAUGAUGGUAAAUUAUUUCCGACUUGUGACUAUUUAUUUAUAUGACACUGAACAAAGUAUUUGAGGUGCAG